AUGUCUAGACUCAUGAGUACACUUACAAACUUCGGCGACAAAAUCUCUCAACACAAGCACGACCUGAGUCGCAGUGAAAAGCACCGCCGAGGAGGACCCGAAAAUGACGUUGCGCAGAUCAUCGAACAGGAAGUGCAAUGGUCCAGCGACGAGGAGGACGAGGACGAGGAAAAGGGGGAAGGCGAAGGGCAUGGCCAGGCAAUGAAAAGCCCGGAUGACUUCUUGGACAACGAUGACCCUCCCGAAGCAAAGAGAUGCUAUGGCAAUUUGCCCCUGGUGCAAUCUCAAGAUGAGGUCGACGUUGACGUCUGGUCGGCAAAAUGGACUUCGCUCGUGGACGUGAACGCCAGCUUUAUCGGCAAGGAAAUCACCUUUCGCGCCCGGAUCCACACCGUCCGACAUAUCAGCGCAAAGCUUGCUUUCGUGAUAUUUCGCUCCGAAAUCACCACGAUACAAGGCGUACUCAGGGCCGAAGACGGCGGUAUCUCUGAGAACAUGGUUCGGUGGGUGGAACACGUGCGACCAGGUUCCAUCGUGGUCGUCCGGGCGAAAGUCAAAGAGCCCGAACAGACGGUCAAGAGCACCAGCGUGUCGCACGUGGAAUUGGAGAUUGAAACGAUGCAUCUGCUCUCGGCAAGAACGGCUCCAGUGCCGUUCAGUGUAUACGACGCCGACGCGGCGACUGACGGUCAGGCUAUAUCCGAUAGAGUCAGGCUGGCGAACCGCUUACUCGACCUCCGAACACCAUCCGUACAGGCAGUUUUCCGUGUGCAGUCUGCCGUGUGCAGGACUUUCCGCCGUUAUCUCGAGGACCGUGGCUUUCUGGAGAUCCAUACACCCAAACUCCAAGGAGGCGCAACUGAGGGUGGAGCGGACGUCUUCAAACUCGACUACUUUGGCCGUCCGGCUUUUCUGGCUCAAAGCCCACAGCUCGCCAAACAAAUGUGCAUCUCAGCAGAUUUCCCUCGUGUCUUUGAGAUUGGCCCCGUAUUCCGUGCUGAAAAUUCGAACACUCCUCGCCACAUGACAGAGUUCACGGGUCUGGACCUGGAAAUGGCCAUAGACAGACAUUAUCAUGAAGCCAUGUGGCUGAUUGACGCGAUACUCAAGGAGAUCUUCAAAACCCUUUAUGACCGCAAUAGGAAUGACAUUGAUACCGUCAAACAUCGCUUCCCGCACGAUGACCUGGUCUGGCUCGACGAGACGCCGAGGGUCACAUUUGCAGAAGGCGUCAAAUUGCUCAAUGAGUCGGGCUGGACCAAUGACGAUGGAAGUCAACAAUCUGAGCACGAAGACUUACCAACACGAGCCGAGCGAAGACUGGGGGAGCUCAUCAAGGAGAAAUUUCACACCGAUUACUACAUUCUCGAUAAAUUUCCGGCAGCCGCCCGUCCAUUCUACACGAUGCCAGAUCCCCACGACGAUGUGUUCACAAAUUCUUUCGAUUUUAUGGUUCGCGGGCAAGAAAUUCUUUCUGGUGGACAAAGAAUUCACGAACAUACACUCCUGAAAAAGCGCAUGAAAGCUCAAGGCAUGGAUCCGGACGACCUGAAGGAGUAUGUGCAAGCUUUCGAGUGGGUAGCUCCGCCGCAUGCUGGCGCCGGUAUUGGUCUUGAACGACUUGUCGCUCUUAUCUUGGACCUGGGCAACUUGCGCUUCGCAUCCCUGUUUCCGCGCGAUCCGAAGAGCUUCCCUGCGAAAAAGGAACCAAACCUGCGGCAUCCCGAAGACAGCACUCUGCAACGUCCCAAGGGAUAUCUCCAGCCCCUCGAGAACCUGGUGGCCAACUAUGGCGACGCCACGAACACUUCCUGGAUGGACGAGAGGUUCCAGAUUUGGCGGGAUGACAAGACGGGCGCAGCAAUCGCCUACGUCCCCUUGCGUGGCCGAGCAAUCAUUGCCGGGAAUCCGCUCUGCGAAACAAAACAACUUGAAGAUGUGGUGACAGCGUUUCUGAAGUGGCUUCGACGAGAAACUCAUCUCAAACCUCUCUUCAUCCUAGUCGACAAGGACGUCGAAGAGGUUCUGGGCGACAAGCUGGGGUGGAAGAGCUUCACCAACGUGGCCGAGCAGCGGGUCAAUCUUGCUAACAACGAGCAUUUGACCAUCGGCGGCGACGUGGAUCGAAAGAUCAGGCACGCCUCGAGGGAAGGUGUAAAGGUGACUGAAUACGGCAGCGACGUGCCGGAAGACGUACGUCACCAGAUCGAACAGCGCGUCAAGGAGUGGCAAGACAGCCGAGAGGGCGCACAGGUCCACCUGAGUGUGAUUACGCCGUUCAAGGACGCGUCGCACCGCCAGUAUUUCAUCGCCACGGACGACCAGGGUAAAAUUCACAGCUUGGUGGUGCUUGCGCAACUCGCACCUCGAUGGGGCGUCCAGGUGAAGUGGGCCUUGGACUUCCCUGGUGCGACCAACGGGGCCAUCGAGCUGACGGUGCAGGCCGCGCUCAAGGCCGCGGCGAAGGCGGGCUACAAGACGUGCACAUUCGGUGCGGGUGCGACGGCCAAACUGAGCAGUGAACACAACGUCGGCGGCGCAAAAGCAGUCACGCUCGAUUCUCUCUACCAAACCCUCGCCGCCAAGUUCAACCUGGACAAGAAGACUGGCUUCCGGAACAAAUUCAAUACGCUUGACGACCCGCUCUUCCUGUGUUACCCACCCCGAGGCUUGGGCCGAAGGGUGCCCGGGCCAUCAUCGACUUCUUCCAAGGGGAAGAAUAGAGGCUUCCGGCAAGAGGAGGAGGAGGAGGGAGGAGGAGGAGGAGGAGGAGGAGGAGGAGGAGAGUGCAAGAUAUUUCUCGUGAUGGACAGUCGGGUUUAUGCGGAGAUGUAG